AUGACCUAUCCUGUGAUAUCCCUUAAACCAAGCUACAAUCCUAUUAUUAGAGGGUGUCCUGGUUUGCCAGACACCCUUCCCAGAAUCGAAUGUGAGCUUAGAAUUAGAUCUAAUGAUGGAAAGCCCUUUUUUAUCAGAAAUAUACAAACAAGUCUCAAAACUCUCGAGUGCUUGAAUACGGGAUUGGGAUCAUUCGCUUCUAAGCGGACAAAAAUGGAUAUUGAAACGGUCCACCAUAAGAGAAGUAUGAAAAUCUCGGACAAAAAACUUGUUGGAUUGGAUAUUCCACUCACGAUUGCCCUUCCAGACGACAUCAAGGAAACGAAUUACAAUUCGAAAAUCGGUCAUUGCUAUACAGUACUUGAAUGUGAUGUUUGGUAUAGUACUAAAGACUCCAGUUCAAGCCAGCUCUGGCAGACCUUCUCGCAUAUCGUGAAUGUAGAGAGGUAUGUGUUGAUCGCAUCACCGCAACUAUAUCCACCAAUAUCGAAAACCAUUACAUCACCAGAUAGGAAGUUCAGAGUACAACUAACGAUUAACAAUCCCUGUGUUACGACGGAUGACCUACUUUCACUGAACUUAACGCUGUAUCCGGAGGCAGCGUCUCAUGGCCAAAAACAAGGAAUUUUCAAUAAACAGGUUAAAAUAAAGAGCAUUUCUUUAGAACUCAGAGAGCUAUUAGAACUCUACGACGCGAAUUCGGAUGUAAGGGAAAAUGUCCUUCAAUCAGUGUCAAAGGUAUACAAUGAACCCAUCCCAGAAUCCGGUUUCAAAGUCAAGUUAAACCUGAGGGUAUUAACCAAGAACCCGCUUCUACAUAUUUACGAGACUUCGUUGAAUGAACCCGCUGUAAUGUAUCAACUACCUUCUCACCCACCCCAGUUAGAACAAGUAAGGCCACCAGAAACAGUAAUUCUUAAGGGCAAACACAUCAAGGAGCCGUUCCAGUACAAUUCAUCCAUCACAACGAGAGGAAAACUAUUCUCUGUUAUCCAUUCUAUCAUGAUAAAGUUCAAGAUAUCGAAAGGCAAAGAUUUUGAAGUAUCAUACCCAAUUGAUGUUUCUCCUUGGCCAAAAACCCACUUGAACCACCUGGAACAGCUUAUAUACCAAGAACGUGAAAUUGCUAAGAAUGCAAGAGCUUUCUACCAAAAUUAUGGUGGUAUAAGACGGAAUAAAAAUGGACAGCUAGAAUAUCCACCACUACCUUCGGUCAUAUACCUUCCCACGAAGGAAUCCUUAACCCAGUUAGGUGUCCUUUAUAACACAGACUCAAAAGUCCCCAGAAGGAUGUUCCUAAUCGAAUAA